CUCUAAUAUUCGGGGGGGAUUUGAAUUUAUCUUCUUUUCAAUUCCUCUUGAGCUAUCCAUUUCCCCGCAAAACGGCAAUAUGAAGCAUCAUCUGAUGGUGGGCACCUGGACCCGUCCAGGGCGCAUCUAUACCGUUGCCUUUGACGAUGAGGCAUUGACUCUUGACUUGGUUAAGAAGACUGAAAUCCCUACAGACGAGCCAAUUUCCUGGAUGACCUUCUCCCAUGACAAAAAAACCAUCUAUGGAGCCGCCAUGAAGAGGUGGAACAGUUUCGCGGUGCACAGUCCCACAGACAUUGUUCACCAGAUAUCACAUCCUGUGGCAGGUCAUGCCCUGGCCGCCAGCGAAGAAACCAACACCCGGGCCAUUUUUGUCCUGGCAGCCCACCAGCCUCCGUACAAUGUGUACGGAAACCCCUUCUACAAGUACGCUGGCUACGGCAAUGUCUUCUCCGUAGAAUCCGACGGUCGCCUUGCCAAGAACAUCCAGAACUACGAGUAUCAGGAAAACACCGGUAUCCAUGGCAUGGUUUUCGACCCUACCGAAACCUACCUGUACUCGGCCGACCUGCAGGCCAACAAAAUCUGGACUCAUACCAAGGAUGCCACAACCGGGGAAUUGACUCUUGUUGAUUGCCUGGAGGCCCCCGCUCCUGGUGACCAUCCUCGCUGGGUCGAGAUGCACAAGAGCGGCAAGUACCUCUAUGCGCUGAUGGAGGCCGGGAACCGUCUGGCAGUUUAUGUUAUUGACGAGCGCACCCACAAGCCUGUCUUCACCCACAUCGCCUAUCCUCUUCUCCCCCCUGGUCUCCCUACCCGCAAUAAGUACCGCGGAGACGUCACCUUCACCACCCGCAGCGGCGAAUAUCUCUUCGCAACCACCCGCAGCAACCACUUCGAUGUCACGGGAUACAUCACAGCGUUCAAGCUGGGUCCCAACGGCAACAUCGAGCGCCAGCUCUGGAUCCACCCCACCUCCACCAGCGGCGGACAUUCCAACGCCGUGAGCCCCUGCGAUUUCAGCGACGAGUGGCUGGCCCUCUGCGACGACCAGCUGGGGUUCGUCGAGAUCUACCGGUUCCAAGACGAGAACCUGGCCCGUGUUGCGCGGGUGGAUAUCCCCGAGAUGGGAUUCGGCAUGAAUGCCAUCUGGUACGACUAAGAGAAGCGAUAUACAGGGGGGGGGGGGGG